AUGGCAAUCGAUGCUUUUUAUCGAAAUCCUACAGCCUUGUUAUAUGCUUUAUCUUUUGUAACUAAUGAUCUAAUGGCUAGGAUUAAACAAUCUGUGGAUGGAGGGCAUUUUAUAGUAGAGGCAACUAUGAGGAGAAUAGCUAAUGUGGCUGCUGUGUCUAUAGAUUUUAUAGAAUGUUUGCCUAAGUCAUUUGAGAAAGAUGUUAUAAUGGUAGUAGUGGAUAUGUUAAGUAAAUAUGCCCAUUUUAUCACUCUAGCUCAUCUUUUCAUUACCAUUAUAGUUGCUCAAGCUUAUCUAGACAAUGUGUACAAGUUGCAUGGAGUACCUAAUACUAUUAUUUUUGACAGAGAUAGGAUUUUCACUAAUUCAUUUUGA